AUGGAGAGCAAAGCAGACGCAAAACUUGCACCUUCUGGAACACUUCUCAAGUCUUUGUCUGCGACAAACCUGUCAAAGCGUCUCAAAAUUCCUCCGUUGAGCAGCACUUUUCCCGAAAUCGAAUUUGCACCGGUCAACGUUCCUCAUCAUCGGAGACUGCAGACGGCGGCAGUGGCUUUUGUAGUCUGCCUCAUUCCCAUUUCACUCGCGUUUUUCUUCUUGCUAUGCUCGUUCCCGCCGUUAUGGCCAUUUAUACUGAUAUACGUCCUGUGGGUCAUAUUCGACGAGGCUCCAGAGAAGGGCGGACGACGCAGUGCGUGGGUGAGGUCAUGGAGGAUAUGGGACUACUAUACGAGCUACUUUCCUGCUUCGAUAAAAAAGGAAGUCGACUUACCCCCGGACAGGCCCUAUUUGUUCGGUUAUCAUCCACAUGGCAUCAUUGGAAUGGGCGCAAUUGCGACAUUCGGAACGGAUGGGACUCGAUUCUCUCAGCACUUUCCAGGAAUCACACCGUACCUGAUGACGCUGACGACAAAUUUCAAAAUGCCGCUCUAUCGAGACUUGCUCAUGGCUCUUGGAAUCUGCUCCGUCAGCAAGAAGAGCUGCAACUACAUCCUCGAAAAGGGUAGCGGCAACGCAAUCUGCAUCGUUAUCGGAGGUGCUGCUGAGAGCUUGAGUGCACAUCCUGGAACUGCCGACCUCACUUUGCAGAAUCGCGUUGGCUUCAUCAAAGUUGCAAUGCAACAUGGUGCCGACCUCGUUCCUGUGUUCUCGUUCGGUGAAAACGAUAUUUAUGAGCAGAUGCCAAAUGAGAAGGGAACGACGCUGUACACUCUUCAAAAACACUUUCAAGCAAUCUUUGGGUUCACUUUACCUCUGUUUCACGGUCGUGGAAUCCUGAAUUACAACUUCGGAUUGAUGCCAUAUCGACGGACCAUUGUAUCAGUAUUCGGAAGGCCAAUUCCUACUCAAAAGGUGGAAAAGCCUUCGAUGGAAAUGGUGCUCGAGGUACACGCGCAGUAUAUCGCAGAGCUGAAGCGGAUAUGGGAAAAGUACAAGGACGAAUAUGCCCGACAGCGGACCAAGGAGCUUCGUAUCAUCUAA